CUCUUGGGCUGUUUAGAGUUCAGGGGGUUAGGAAGCUGCACGUUGCGCUCACGGCAAGGCACUGUUUAUUUUCAUUCUGCACUAUGGCUUUACCCAGGGUCUUUUUCGACAUCGCCGUUGAUGGCUGCCCGAUGGGCCGUAUUAUCAUGGAGCUCAGGAGUGAUGUGGUUCCAAAGACUGCAGAGAACUUCCGUGCCCUUUGCACAAACGAGAAGGGGUUUGGCUACAAGAACUCUGGCUUCCACAGAAUUAUCCCUGAAUUCAUGUGCCAGGGAGGUGACUUCACCAACCACAAUGGAACUGGUGGGAAAUCUAUCUACGGAAACAAGUUUGCUGAUGAGAACUUCCAGCUGAGGCACACUGGCCCUGGAAUCCUCUCUAUGGCCAAUGCUGGAGCAAAUACAAACGGCUCCCAGUUCUUCAUCUGCACUGCUAAGACCUCCUGGCUUGAUGGAAAGCAUGUCGUGUUCGGGACCGUUAUUGAUGGCAUGGAUGUCGUGAGAAAUAUGGAGAAACUAGGUUCUCAGUCUGGAAAACCCGCCAAAAAAAUAGUUAUUGCUAACUGUGGUCAGCUUUAAACAAUGCAUCCUUUAGUUGUUAGUUCUUGUUUUUUUGUUUUUUGUUUUUUUCCUUCUGGUCUUAAAACAAGCAUUCCUCUGCAACAUUAACUGGUAGCUUCAGAAAACCCCAUUCAGUACUUAAAAUCUUAGUGCUCUUUAAACUACUGCAUUUUCUGUGGUGCUUAUCCAGUUCCUAUGCCAUCCAAAUUUUCCACAAAUUCCAAAAUUGUGUCGAUGAGAUUAAAAUGAUGAUCACAAUAUACAGUGUCUGUCUCUAAACCAGUAAAGGGGAUGUUGACUUUAA